GGCUCCCGCGCACCCGAGGGGUUAAUUGGGGUCACCCUGAUUGGGAAGUCGAGUCCACGAUGGCCCGCGACCCGGUGAGCCUGCUGUGAGUGGCGCCCGCGGCCGCACCGACGAUGGUCGCCGUCUGUCGCCUCCUUGCUGGAGCUCACUAGCGCCCGCGGCUUCUUCGUGACAAACAUGCGCGUCCCGGUCCCGGUGCCGGUCCUGGUGCUGGCCCUCCUCACGCUCCCGCUUUGCGGGCUUGUGGCCGGGUCCAAAAUGUCUCCGGGUCGCCGUCUGCAACGGCCGCUGAGCGACGAGCAGAAGGCCGACCAGAACCUGCAGUUUAUGUUGAGCUUGUACCGCAGCGCGGCGGGACCGGGCGGUCGACCCAAACAACACCGCAAGUUCGGAUCCAACACAUUGCGCCUGCUCAGACCCUCCGUGUCGUCGGUGCACUACCUGCCGGCGUCCAGAGACCACCGCUACACCUUCAGCGUCCGGUACCACCUGGACGUGCUUCCUUCGGAGCAGCUGAUCCGAGCGUCCUUCGUGCACCUGCGAGCUUCGUCCUCCGCCGGCCUCCCGCCGCCCCGCUGCCGCGCCCGCGUCACGUGGCCGGGCGAGGAGAGCCUGGUCACCACCAUGGAGCCCCACCAGCGGUGGACGGAGGCGGACGUCGGCGCUCGGGUCCUCCGAGGCGGGGGUCGACUCUUGACCCUCACCGCCCAGUACUUGUGCACGGAGCAGGGGCGCGCCGAAGGGGGCGAAAGCCCGUUUCGCUGGUGGGGGAACAAACUGCGAGGGGAGCCCCACCUGGAAGCCCCUUCGCUGCUUUUGUACCUGGAGGAGGAGCGGGACGGGAUGGACUGGAUGAUGGGGCAGCUGUCGGGGGCCAAAGGGGGAGGAGACCUCGUCAGGCGGUUGAGCCGGUGGCACCCCUUCCUCCGCCGGCGCCGCAGCUCCGAAAGCUCUCCGCCGGACCCCCCGCCCACUCCCGCCCCCGCCUCCGUCAUCGCCGACAUUCCCAACGCGGUGAAACGCAAAAGCGCCACGCCCAAGAACCGCUGCAAGCUGCACUCCUUCCGCCUGUCCUUCGACGAGCUGGACUUGGGUCACUACAUCGCGCCGCCCGUCUACAACCCUCGCUUCUGCCAGGGCGACUGCCCCCGCGUGCUGACCUACGGCUACCACUCCCCCAACCACGCCAUCAUCCAGACCAUCAUCAACGAGCUGGGGGUGGGCGAUGUCCCGCCCCCCUCCUGCGUGCCCUACAAGUACAUGCCCAUGAGUGUGCUAGUGCUGCACAAGAAGAAGGUGGAGUACAAGGAACUGGAGGACAUGGUGGCCGAGUCGUGCACGUGCCGCUAGAGGCGCCGCUAGAGGCGCCGCUGGCCGGUCAAAGCGCUUCCCAUGCAAAUGUACUUGAGGCGCCGGGGUGGGCGGUUCGGACUCUGCGGUCACGCUGAGCGGAGACUGUCCACGAUUGGCCGUCACUUUGUGUUCAGCACUGAAAAUAAAUAUCGCUAACUUGCUCAAAGGCAUUGCACACUCAAACAUUGAAAGCAUGUCGUCUUCUCUGCCGCGCGCGUCUGGAGUCUUGUUUUUGAAAUCCAAACGCUGAAACGUUCAGAUGCCGGAAGCGUUCUGUUGUUGUUUUUUUUCUUUUCGGAGGUGGGUUUUUACUAAACGCUUCUCGGUGACGCUCGGAGACGAUUUUUAACGUGCCGGAUGUGAAGCUCGCGAAGGCCUCGUGUCACCUCUUUGCAUAUUGUACCUAUUUAUAACUGGAGGGGGAAAAAUGUUCACGAUUUUUUUAUUACGACUGAAAAUGAAUAAUUAAAUAAACUGCAUAUUUUUCUAAA